CGCCAGGCCGACGCGCCGGACCUCUUCUACGGCGCAUUUCUCCCAAACGCCAGCGGCGGGCGCACCCUCGUCGGCUACGUCUGCGCGACGCUCUCGCCGUCCGCCACCCUCACGCACGAGUCCAUGUCCACGCAUGUCCCCGGCUCCUCCUCCGUCUGCAUCCACUCCGUCUGCGUCGUGCGCGCCUGCCGCCGACGGGGCGUCGCCACGCGCCUCCUCCAAGCAUACCUGGCGCACCUGGCGGACGGCGGUUACGAGCGCGUCCUCCUGAUCGCACACGAGGAGCUCAGGGGGCUCUACGAGCGCGUCGGGUUCGAGUGGCUCGGGCGCAGCGAGGUGGUGCACGGGUCGAAGCCGUGGUACGAGAUG